UGGCCAUUUAAUGCAUCUGAUAAAAAUCAAGCCCAGCUUCAAAAAUGCCAACUAUUUAGAAGCGACAUACCCAUCAUAAUGUUCCACACCUCUUUCACAAAAUUUUGAGGGACAAAAAAGUUUUGGGGAGAGAGAGAGAGAGAGAGAGAGAGAGAGAGAGAGAGAGAGGAAAAAUGGUGAGAAGACCAUGUUGUGACAAGCAAGGGACGAAUAAAGGAGCUUGGUCUGCUGAAGAAGAUGAAGUCCUCAUCAACUAUGUCAAGAUUCAUGGUGAAGGCAAGUGGAGACGUGUUGCUCAAAAUGCUGGUUUGAACAGAUGUGCCAAGAGUUGCAGACUUAGAUGGUUGAACUACUUGAGACCCGGCAUCAAACGAGGCGACAUCACCGAGGAAGAAGAAGAUCUCAUCAUCCGGCUCCACCGUCUUCUCGGCAACCGGUGGGCCUUGAUCGCAGGGAGGCUUCCAGGACGAACGGACAAUGAGAUAAAGAAUUACUGGAACACCACGCUCGCCAAGAAGUACGGAUCUUUCUCCCCACGGUCUUGUGUGAGAAAACCGAACAGCGAGCAGAAAAUGUUGCAUUACCAAAAUCAUGGGCCGACGAAUAACUCCGACCGAAUUAAUGCAAACCAGCCAUCAGGGGCUGGUACAUGCGGAAUUGCUAUUAUACCUCAAGAAGAAAAGCACUGUUUGGAGGAGAAAAGCAUUGGCUUGGUCGGUAACAGCUGCAGCAUUGACAAUCAAGACUUGUUUUCUUCACUUCUGGUCCGAGAUGAAGGCGCUGAGGAUCAUCUGAGCUUUUUGAUGAGCAUAGACAUCAAUAAGGAUUUCAUGACGGGAGUUACCGGGUCGGAUUCACAGUUAUGUCCCAGUAAUAGAACAGCGCAUGAAGACAAUAAUUAUGACAUUUUUGGCGAGCUCCACAAUAAUAAUCUCACGUCUUCAUCUCCUAUUGAUGUCACUUCUGAUGAUCAAGUAGUCAAGGUUGAAAGUAAGGUGAUGUGCGAUCAGCAACUGUCACUACAUGUGGAGCUGAAGAAGCUGGCCUCGUUUCUUGAUUUGGAAGACGAAUGGAAUUGACAAAAAUUAAUAAAGAGAAGUAGUUGCAGUAAAUAUUGACUGGCGAAUUGUUGGGUCACAUGACUUCUACAUUGUGAGAAUUUGAUCAACGAUUGGUGUCUGUCUCUCU